ACGGAGGGGGCAGACCGAGCAAACCACCUGCUUACUUAUUCCCAUCCCUGUCUCGGCCAAAAGAGGCAAAGAAGCGGCCGCCCCAAACGCACCCGCCCGGGCCGACGAACGGAGCGAUAGAUAGGGGCCAUCCUACUACUACUACCACCACGAGCGAGCCAAGCAAGAUACAUACGGACGCUCCCCCACCCACCCAGCCAGGGAGAGUCGCCAUGGCCAUGGAGGCCGACGACGACGACCUGUGGGGCGCGGUCACCACCAGCCCCAGCGCCUCGCCCCCGCCGCCCUCCUCAUCCGCCGCCGCCAUCUCCACCGCGCUCAGCCUCAACACCCGCCUGCAGCUGCUCGCGGCCUCCGGCGUCGGCGGCUCCCCGUUCCACCCCGGCGGCGUCGGCGUCGGCUCGCCGUUGCACCCGGGCGGCGGCUGCUACCGCAAUGCGGCCGCGUCCCCGACCUCCUUCUUCUCCUCCGCGGCGGCCUCCUUCCCCCGCAUCGCGCCCGACGCCGGCCCCGCGCGCCGCGCGCUCGAGCGCGAGAUGUGCUACGGCCACGGCGCCGCCGCCUGGCCCGGCCCCCCCGCCGCCGCCGCGCCCGUGGACCGGCGCAAGAAGCGCAUGAUCAAGAACCGCGAGUCGGCGUCCCGGUCGCGCGCGCGCAAGCAGGCCCACGUCACCCAGAUCGAGUCGGAGGUGCACCAGCUGCGCGAGGAGAACGAGCAGCUCCGCCUCAAGUACGACCAGCUCAAGGCUUCAGUGGAGGUGUCGGUGCCGGUGAGGAAGACCCUGCAGAGGGUGCUCUCGGCGCCCUUCUGAUCUUUCCUCCACGAGGGAUCGAGAUCGAGGCUGCAGCUCCUACAACCACCGCCAGUACUACUCACAUAGCUAGAGUGUUGCAGUAGCUAGCUCUUACUAGUAACUAUUAGCUGCUGCUGCUGCUGCUGCUACUACGAUGCUCAUCCAUCAUCGUCCCUGUAAAUCCAUAUGGAUGGUAUUAUGUUCUCCUUUUCCUUGACUUUCACUAGGCCGGCCGGGGCUAUCUCGAUCUUUUUUGGUCACUCAGCUAAACCAGAGGUGGCAAUGCGCAAGGAAAGGGAAGAAGACGCAGCAGCUUAAUCUGUACAGCGGCAGCUGCUGCCUACCUACCAGUAGUAGAUCUCCUAGCAAUUACAGCCGUUGUGGAUUAGCCAGGCAGCAGCUGGUUCUUGUUUUGCUGACUUGGCGAUUAAUGAUAUUAUGGUGCUACUCCUACUUAUCA